GAAAUGCGAAGACGAUUAGAAACGAUAACAGUUCAAGGUUUGGUAAAUUUAUGCAAGUAUGUUUUGAUGAUAACAACUGUAUAAAAGGAUGUAUUAUUCAAGAUUACCUGCUUGAACAAUCUCGAAUAACUUUUCAAAGUGAAGGGGAACGAAACUAUCAUGUUAUGUAUCAAUUGGUGGCUCAGGGGCAGAAAAAUGUUGACAUGGCACAAGCCUUAUAUUUAAAGCCACCUGAAUUUUAUAAAUAUCUUAAUACUUCGAAGACUGAAAAAAUAGACGUGAAUUUGGAAUCAACUAAGUUUAACGCUCUAACAAUGGCGUUUACGGUUCUGCAAAUUCCCCAGUUUGUAAUAGAUGGUGUUUUUAAAGUUUUAAGCUCAAUACUUUGGUUAGGUAAUAUUGAAUUUAUGGAUAUUGACGGAGAACGUUGCGAUUUUUCGAAGCCUGACCAGGAAGCUGUUUCCAAUGUCUCUCAACUUCUUGGACUUAAAAUAUGUAAUCUGAAAAAGGUCCUAUUGAUUCGUCAAAUAAAUGUUAGAGGAAAUAUUACUGAAAUUCCUUUAAAAAUGCAAGAGGCAAUUGAAAAUCGGCAUGCUAUGGCAAAAGCAUUGUACUCAAAAACAUUUGCUUGGCUGGUAACGAAAAUCAAUAACUGCACAAAUCCUGGACAAGAUGGUGCCACAUUCUUCGGAGUGCUAGAUAUAUUCGGAUUUGAAAAUUUUACUCGCAACUCAUUUGAGCAACUAUGCAUAAAUUAUACCAAUGAAAAGUUACAUAAAUUUUUUAAUCAUUACGUCUUUGACUUAGAGCAAUCAAUU